UUUUCUCAGACAUGGUAAAAUGGCCGUGAUGUACACAGGUUUUGUGUUGAUGUUCUUGAAUUAAUAUAAGUUUUAAAGUGAUGUGAUGUAUGAUCGUCGUUUAAUUUUGUGAAAAAUUAAGUUUCCAGUGCUGCGGACAAACGCCGUCAACAAUUAUCAACGAGAACCUUUCCCUAGUAACGUAGUAAAUAAGAUGAACCGGCUGCCGCUCGAGGACGCCUUCCACUGCUGACCUCGGACGCCCGGCCUGGUGCCGCCGCCGCCAUGGGCAACAACUGCUGCUGCUGCGGCAGCCGCCGGUCGCAGCCCGAACGGCUGGUCUACCCGGGCGGCAUCAAAGCCGCUCACAUGGACGGUGGUCCUAUAAGAUCGGCUGCAAUCGACAACAAUCGAUACACCCCAGACCCGCAAAGAAGUCACGUAGAUAUCAUCAGGCCACGACCGACACCCACCAGACCGCCGCUUUCUGUGAAGGGCCGCAUCGUGGUGGCCCUUUAUAAUUACGAAGCGAGGGACAGCAGCGACGUGUCGUUCAAGAAGGGCGAUCGCAUGGAAGUGAUCGACGAUUCUGAGGGUGAUUGGCUAAAUGUGAUACAUCUCAUAACCAAAGUCCAGGGGUAUAUUCCUGGGAACUUCGUCGCAGCGGAACUCAGCGUCGAAAGCGAAGACUGGUUUUUCGAAAACGUAUCUAGAAAGGAAGCCGAGAAGCUCCUACUAGCCGAGGAAAAUCCCCGAGGGACUUUCCUAGUCCGUCCUUCCGAACAUAAUCCUAACGGUUACUCACUGUCCGUCAAAGAUUGGGAGGAAAUCAGGGAAUAUCACGUCAAACAUUACAAAAUCAAGCCGCUCGACAACGGCGGUUUCUACAUUUCCACCAAUAAAACAUUCCUCACCUUAGUCGAAUUAGUCAACGCGUAUACUAAAAACGCUUACGGUUUAUGCCAUGUCUUGUCCAAACCCUGCCCCAAGCCCCAGCCCACUAUGUGGGACUUGGGGCCGACUUACCGCGACAAGUGGGAGAUCCCGAGGGAGGAGAUCCAGCUGAUCCAGCGCUUAGGCCGCGGCAACUUCGGCGAAGUGUGGUACGGCAAGUGGAAGAACAAUAUCGAGGUAGCGGUGAAGAUGCUCCGGGAGGGAACGAUGUCCACGCAAGCGUUCCUUCAGGAGGCCGCCAUCAUGAAGAAGUUCCGUCACAAGAGGUUGGUAACCUUGUUCGGAGUGUGCAGCGAGCACGAGCCCAUCUACAUCGUCCAAGAAUACAUGUCCAAGGGGAGUCUCCUCGACUUCUUGCGCAAGGAUGAAGGCAAGAACUUGGAGUUCGAAGAUUUGGUGUAUAUAGCGUUCCAAGUGGCCAGCGGGAUGGAGUACCUCGAAUCCAAGCAGUUGAUCCAUAGGGAUCUGGCCGCCAGGAACGUCCUCGUGGGCGAAAAUAAUAUCGCCAAAAUUUGUGAUUUCGGUUUAGCUAGGGUUAUCGAAGAUAACGAAUACUGUCCCAAGCAGGGUUCGAGGUUCCCUGUGAAGUGGACAGCCCCUGAGGCGAUAGUUUACGGGAAGUUCUCGAUAAAGUCGGACGUUUGGUCGUACGGCAUCUUCCUGAUGGAACUAUUCACCUACGGACAAGUCCCGUAUCCGGGAAUGCACGGAAGGGAGGUCAUAGAUAUGGUCGAAAAGGGCUACAGAAUGGCCAAACCCACGUCCCACGUCCUUCCAGACGAAAUCUACCACAUCAUGUUGCAGUGCUGGGACGCCAAACCCGAAAAUCGUCCCACGUUUGAAUUCCUGACGCACUACUUCGAAGGUUUCAACGUCACGUCAGAAGUCCCUUAUAGAGAAGUGCCAGAUUAAAAAAGAACCCGAGAUUGUUUAGUACUUAAUUUGUUACGUGAAGUGUUUUUUUCCUGGGUGAACUGUUGUAUCAUGAUACGUAUAUGCAACCUAACUUUAAUAGAUCUCAUUUUAGUUCUUAGCUUGCAUAUUUCCGUUCCGGUGUAUCACUUAAGCGCUGUCUCCUUGACGCCUAUUGCACGUGACGCUGUCUACUGUUCUGUUUUUCGAAAAAAGUGAUAUGAUGAUGAAUUUCAAAACUUAAAGACUGUUUUGUUUAGUGUAGAAAUCUUGUCAAAAGUCUGCUUUUUGAUAACGAUUUUUUACCUUUCCCGGCGAGCCACGUACGAUAUAAACGUAGUACAAAAAGGCAAAAUUCAAGUGACCUAUUCGAGAAUUUAACUUUUAUAUACAACUUUUUGUACAUGUUUUACCUUUUUACUCAAAUAUUGGACGUGGACCAAUACUUCUCUUCCUCUUCUGGUCGACCUCAGUUCCUGUAUUUGAAGCAUUGGAAAAGUGGGAACUUCAUGUCUUGUAUGUGUGUUGUGAAUUGCUGAAUUUUUCGGUUUCUGCUUGAAAAUAUCACCCGGGAUCGGUAAGGAGCUCUCUAUUUUCGAAAGAGAUCGCUGGUGAUAUUUUUGACCGUAGCCUUAGCUUUUUUAGUUUUGUGCAAUAAGACUAUGUACAAAAUUCAUUCUAAAUUAUAGACCAUUAUUUUAGAUUUAUAAUGAGUGUUAUCACUUUUUAAAUGUAUUGCUUUUAUUUUUGUUUGUUUUAUUAAGUAUAUUUUUUAUUGACUUUAUUUUAUGGGGGUCUGCGCACCUCCUGUUUCAAAAAUAGUCAUGGUAGUGAACGUGAGUGUUUGUAUUAGUAUAAUUAUGUUAGAAGUGGUUAUACAACAGUCAGGUUUGAUCCAGUCAAGUUUAUCUUUUAUUAAGAAAAGCCAUAUGUUAUUGAUUUUUAUAGGAACAAUCAUAAAUUUUGUACAUAUACAGUAUGAAAUAAAAUAUUGUGCUACUCAUUCUCACUUCAA